CAACUGGACUCGGAGCUCUCCGUCACAACCCGGGCCGGCAGGGUCAAGGGGGUCCGGCUGCCGGUUCCGAACUCCAGAGGAGGGGGCGGGAGUCACGUCUCAGCCUUCCUGGGGAUCCCCUUCGCGGAGCCCCCAGUGGGGAAGCUGCGUUUCCAGCCCUCGCUCCCAAAGAAGCCGUGGCCGGGUACGUGGGACGCGGGCUCGUACCCCAACGCCUGCUACCAGUACGUGGACACCUUGUACCCGGGCUUCCCUGGCAUCGAAAUGUGGAACCCCAACCGGGAGAUGAGCGAGGACUGCCUGUACCUCAAUAUCUGGGUCCCGUCGCCCCGCCCCCGCAACGCCUCCGUUAUGGUCUGGAUCUACGGGGGCGGGUUCUACAGCGGCUCAUCGUCGCUUGACGUGUACGACGGGCGCUUCCUGGCCCAAUCCGAACAGGUCCUGGUGCUCUCCAUGAACUACCGGGUGGGGUCCUUCGGGUUCCUGGCCCUCCACGGCUCCCAGGAGGCCCCCGGCAACGUGGGGCUACUGGACCAACGCCUGGCCCUCCAGUGGGUGCAGGAAAACAUCCAGUUUUUUGGCGGAAAUCCCAAAUCGGUGACCAUAUUCGGGGAGAGCGCCGGGGGUGCCUCGGUGGGCAUGCACCUCCUCUCCCCGGGCAGCCGCCCGCUCUUCUCCCGCGCCAUCAUGCAGAGCGGGGCUCCCAACUGCCCCUGGGCCACCGUCAGCCCUGCCGAAGCCCGCAGGAGGGCCACGCUGCUGGGCAAGCUGGUGGGGUGCGAGGGGGGCGGCUCCUCCGGGAACAAUGACAGCCAGCUGGUGGACUGCCUGCGCUCCAGGGAGCCCCAGGAGCUGAUCGAUCAGGAGUGGCUGGUGCUGCCCUAUCGGAGCCUGUUCCGCUUCUCCUUCGUGCCGCUGAUCGACGGCGUCUUCCUCCCCGACCACCCCGAGGCGGCACUGAGCCCCGCGGUGUUCAGGGACCCCCCCCCGGCGCUGCUGCUGGGGGUGAACCAGGACGAGGGCUCCUACUUCCUGCUGUAUGGGGCGCCCGGCAUCAGCAAGGACAACGAGAGCCUCAUCAGCCGGGAGGAUUUCUUGGAAGGGGUGCGUAUGAGCGUCCCCCACGCCAACGACAUCGGCCAGGAUGCUGUGGUGCUGCAGUACACCGACUGGAUGGACGAGAGCAACCCAGUCAAGAACCGCAAUGCCCUGAAUGACAUCGUGAGCGACCACAACGUCAUCUGCCCCCUGCUUCACUUCGCAGGGGCGUACGCUGGUUUGGGGAGCCCCGGGGGGGCCAGCGGAGGGGGAGGAGGGGUCUAUGCUUACCACUUCGACCACCGCGCCUCGAACCUGCCGUGGCCCGAGUGGAUGGGGGUGAUCCACGGCUAUGAGAUUGAGUUCGUGUUCGGGCUGCCCCUGAACCACAGCCUGAACUACACUGCCGACGAGGAGAGGAUGAGCCGACGCAUCAUGAGAUACUGGGCCAACUUCGCCAGGACUGGGAACCCGAACGAGCCCUCAGAGUCCGGGCGCCGCUGGCCCCUCUUCUCCGCUGUAGAGCAGAAAUACGUGGGGCUGAACCUGGAGCCUCUCAAGGUGUUCCGCGGGCUGCGCACCCAGGUGUGUGCCUUCUGGAACCGAUUCCUGCCCAAGCUGCUCAACGUCACAGAUAACAUAGACGAUGCAGAGCGCCAGUGGAAGAUGGAGUUUCACAGGUGGAGCUCCUACAUGAUGCACUGGAAGAGCCAGUUCGAUCAUUACAGCAAACAGGAGCGCUGCGCGGAGCUGUGAGAGAGAGAGAGUGAGGGAGUGAGAGAGAGAGAGAGAGAGAGUG